CUCGGCCCUUCGUAAACUAAAGCGCGUUAAAAAAACAAAACUACAGCUGGAACUGGAAGCAUCGAAUAGUUGAAUCAAAAUGAGUCUCAACGUGAGAGCCUCAAGUCUAAAAUGGAUUGUACAAAAUGAUAAAAUUGGCUGCUUCUUUAUCCAAUUGUAAACAAACACAAACCCAUAUGGCUUCACUGCGGAAGAAGCUUCCCUUAAACAGGUUCCGCCGCCGCUUGGACAAGCUGCGAUCUAGACAUAACAUUCGAUCUGUAAGGCAAAGGUUUGGCAAUGGCGGCAACACGCAGCAGCAACGGCCACCAACUAAACACCUUUGCCCUUUCUCCGAUCCAGUUGAACCGCACAAGCUCCAACGCCGCCGUUUACUAAGUCAGUCUCAACUCUCUGAAUGCUUCGGAUGCAAAGGCAAACACUUGGAGGGAAAAAGGUACUAUUACUUUUGUCCUCUUUGCAAUUUGGAAUUCCAUAGAGGUUGUCACGUCUUACCACAGCAGAUGAAACACCCUCUUCACCUUUCUCACCCACUCACCCUCAUCUCCUUAGAUCCUAAUUUUGACACCUCUAAGAUACCUCAAGAAUGGGGAGAAUCGUCGUCCUCUGAUUCAGAAGGUUCUUUUGACAGUGAUGAUGAGUUUGGUGGUCGUCGUCGUCUUCUUCGUCGUCGUGCUCGUUUUUUUAGUCCUUUUUUUGAUGUUGAAGAUGAUGAUGAUGAUGAUGUUGAUCUUGAUGAUGAUGACGAUGAUGAUGAUGAUGACGAUAACGAUCUAUCAGAUAUAUAUUAUGGAAAAUGCAAAUGUUGUCAGAAACGUUUUGAAGAUAUAUACUAUCAUUGUUCUGUUUGCAACUUCAGCCUCAAUUUCACUUGUACGAUAAAGCCACCACCUCUCACUAUCACUCACCUAAAAAGCCACAGCCACAUUCUCACUCUUUUUCCUAGACGAAUCCCUUUACCUUGUGAUGUUUGUGGGUUGUCUCUCAAUGACGCUCAUGAUCCAGUUUACGCUUGUCUUCCUUGUAACUACAUGGUUCAUAGAGCUUGUAUUAAUCUACCUCGUGUCAUUAAGAUCACCCGCCACCAACACCGCCUGUCUCUCAUUUCCUCUCUUAUUUCCGGUGAUUUUUCUUGUGGAGUUUGUCGUAAAACCAUCGACAUUAGCUACGGACAUUAUUCUUGCAUUAAGGGAUGUUGUUAUGGUGCACAUUCCAAAUGUGCAACGAAUAAAAACGUGUGGGACGGCAAAGAUCUCGAAGAUGUGCCUGAAGAACCAGAAGAAGUUAUCGAACCAUUCGUAAGAAUUGAUGAGGAGACGAUACAUCAUUUCACUCAUUCAUGUCAUCUAAAACUCCAAGGGAAGGGUAGCCAUCGCGGUGAAAAAAAGUUUUGUAAGGCGUGCUGCUUUCCAAUAUCGAUUUAUGAUACUUUUUACACUUGUUUGGACUGCGACUUUGUUCUUCACGAAGCAUGUGCAUGUCUUCCUCGCAUACAACAUCAUCCGCUACACAAGCAUCCACUUAUCCUUAACAAAAGUGACCCCUCUCUUCAGCUUUACGUUGAUGGUUAUUCUGUUGAAGGCAUGUUUGCUUGCAGUGCUUGUCGCCGACAUAGUACGGGUUUCGUGUACAGUUGCAACGUAGAAUUUUGUGACUUUCAGGUAGAUGUCAAGUGUGCUUUCCUUCCUGAUACAUCAGUCCAUGAGAGCCAUCCAAAUCACCCCAUCUACAUCAAUUUGACCAAAGGAGCAUGCAUGGGUUGUAGUAAUGCGUGUUCAAGAAAGUACUUAGAGUGUUUGAUCUGCGACUCCUUUCUGGGAGUUGAAUGUGCUACUUUGCCAAGUGUAGCACACUACAAGCACGAUAGCCAUCCACUCACACUUUGCUAUGGAGAAAAAGGAACAACAAGUGGUCAAUACUGGUGUGAGAUUUGUGAAUCAAAACUAGAUGCGAGCGAGUGGUUCUAUACAUGUGACUCUUGUAGAGUCACUCUCCAUCUGAAAUGUUUAUUGGGAAAUGACAUGUACAUUAAACCCCAACAUUUUGUCGGAAAAGAAGGAGAGAUUGAAAUUGCUCUUAACGAUGGUAACACUCGACCGUUUUGCUCUGUAUGUCAUGUACGUUGUACGGACAUUUCGGUAUUCAAGUACCAAGAUAAUGUUUACUGUGAUUUGGGUUGUGUUAGAAAAGUUAAGAUCUAUGAGAGCAGAGGAAGUGAACUCUUCAGCAGCCAAACAGCACAGCUCAAGUCCCUCAAGUGAGCUUCAACAGUCAAACACCACCCCUCAAGGCCUCAAGUGAACUUCAUCACUCUUUUAUCACUAGACUAAUACGACUUCUCGAUAGAGCCCGUAAGCUAAAGGACAGUCAACGUGGUAUGAGGUCACACAAUUUGAAUGUUUGUUAAAUUAAGGUUUCUGGUCAUUCGGAUUUGUAAUGCUUCGUCUUUUUUUUAUAGUUGAGUAUUUGAUCAAAAUGUUGUGUUGGCCGUUUGUGAUGACCUAAAACCUGGAAAAGAUCUGGUUUGGUAACGCAAAAGGGAGAGAUUGUAACUGUUCUUUUAAAUUUUUAUUGGCACCUACAGUAAGUGAAUCACUGCAUUAAUAUUUUUUAAAUGUAAUCAAUUUAAAAUGUACUACUGUAUGUUUGUUAGGAAAAAAAAAGAAGGUUAAAAAAGAAAGAACAUACUAAAUUAUUAAUUCAAU